UUUAACAUUUAGAAUUAUAUUCCGAAUUUCCUUCGAGGAACGGGAGCUAGCUGAGGAAUGGUAGGACUUUUGUGAAUAGUCUUGACACUUAUUAUUCAAAUGGAAAUGUAAUACUGCAAGUGCUGAAACUAACCUGGAGGAGGACAUGUAUGCGUCUGACUGCUGAUGGCAGAACAUGAAGUCAAGAGCCCAGGCGAGGGAAAAGCCAUGUUCAUUCCUGUAGGUCGGAACCUUCCACGACCCACCAUCUUGCCAACGACUUGUGGAUUUCGUCGGCUGUACAUCCACGUUUGUUUCUUUGCCGUUGUUAUCAUUGUGAUAUUGAUUCUCAGAGCCAUAUCCAAUGUGCGAGUAGUUUUUGUGCAAUAUCACUCAAACUCGGAUACGGAUGGGGAGCUGGUUGUUCUUCCGGAGAAGUUCGCCUUUCCUAGAGGGGCAUAUUGCCUAGAUGGCUCCUCUCCGGGUUAUUACAUCAGAUAUGGGAAGAGCCCAAACUUAAACAAGUGGAUCAUUCACCUUCCGGGCGGUGCCUGGUGUACAUCUAUAGAGGAAUGCUACAGCAGGAGUUUCACGGAGCUGGGCUCCAGUGUGGAGGCUCCAAUGUUCCGAGCUUUCAAUGGAAUUCUCUCCCCGAGCGAGUCGGAAAACCCUAAGUUUCACAUGUGGAAUAUGGUGGAUUUUCUGUACUGUGAUGGGGGCUCAUUUCUAGGAAACAGGAGUAACAUCAUCAGCCACAAAUCAAAGAGGCUGUACCUGACUGGUUUCCAGGUGUUCAAUGCUCUGAUAGACUACUUAGUAGAACACACAGAACUUAGAAAUGCCGACCAAGUCAUCCUCAUUGGCUCCUCAGCUGGUGGAGUUGGAGCCACAAUAAAUGCAGACUACUUACGAAUGCGACUGACUGGGGUAAACUCACUCCACCUGGUGGUGGAUGGGGCCAUGUUCGUGGACAACCCAGAUCAGACCAGGCAGCAUGUGAUGAGAAACAUCUUCAAGAAUACUUUCUACCUCCAUAACAUGCAAGGUGCUGAGAGUAUUCAGGAAUGUACCCAGAAGCUGCCAGGCAGUGACCAGUGGCAGUGCCUCCAGCCCACCUACUUCUACAAACACCUAUUUACACCCGUCUUCUUCCUCAAUUCUCUCCACGACACAUGGUACAGCAAAAAUGCAAUAGGAGUUACCUGCCCUUUUUCCACCUGCAGCCAGGCCGACAUUAGCAUUCUGAAUCAGCACAGAAGUUACCUCCUUUCUUGCAUUUCCCCGAUGCUGCAGUCGGUGCAGGAUGGGAUUUAUCUGACUUCCUGUCCGGUUCAUACCAUGACCAUGAAUAAACGGUUCUCGUCGCAGUUGAGUGAAGGUGGCAUCUCGCCUCAAACAGCUCUAAUUAAGUGGUAUUUCCACCAAGUACCGAAUUACACUUUUGUUGAGAAUAUAGGUUUUAGAGAAGCUACUGCAGUUUGCAAGUUAGGAAGCUGAUAUUCACAUUUGCGAGGAUAUACGAUUGGUUUCUGAAUGUUGUUUUUUUUCAAUUAGAAGUGAUCAGCUUGUACUGUUUGCCUUUCAGGUUUUUUUUUGGAAGUUUAUAGAAAAAUAACUUGAUCUGUGUUUUAUUAGCAAUAUCAGCUGCUUAAUAUCUUGAAUUUCCGGAUGAUUUUACUGUUAUAGAAGUUGGUGCAGGACAUGUUAACCAAAAAGAGAACAAUUUAUGCCAAGGAACAGAAGACAUUUGGAUCUAUUUUGAUCACCUGAAGCUACUUAACAAACUGAAUACAGACUACAUGAUUUCAUCAUGACAAUUUGAAUAGGUUUCCUUUGUAACACUUAUUAUUUUGCCUUAACUUUCUACUCUCUCCUAGCUGUUUUGAAAAUGGAAAGUGUUCAGUUGUUAAAAACGGGAGUAUUCAUGCUCGAGUAGCUCAGAAGGGAUGUUUUAAUUUCUAAGAACAAAGAAUAUCAGGAGUAAGUCCUUGGUUAAGAAAUUUUUAUCAUAUUGAUAUUGAACCACCUAACUAGCAUUUUAAUAUUGUGGAUGUCUGCUUUUAUAGUGAUUAAACUACAAUGCAGAGCCUAUUACAAGGCAUCUACUGUUGACAAUCUACAUGUACCAUACUAGUGUAGAUCAAAUAUGAAGACAUUGGAUCCGAUCUUUCAAUUUUUAUUGAUGUGUAAAUUAAAAGAGUUGAAAUCCUUCAAAUUUCAUCUAGGUAAUUGCAUCUCUUCCUUUGCACAAAUGUUGUAUACCAAUCUGCAUCUCAUUAAUUGUUAGAAGCUUGUAAAUAUUUUAUUUCUUUUUGCAAGUAUAUUUGUAUUUGAAAUAUCCACAAAAAUCAGAGUACCUAGAAAUACCUGGCUCAGUUUACAAUCAUCUCAAUUAUUGUCAGAAUAUUUGUUUUAUAUAAUAUUAUGUUGUUCCCACUUUCCCAAACUCCAUCACUUAAUAAUUUUUAGCUCACCUGAGCCAAAGGUGCAAAUGAGCUUUUCUGAUGAAAUUUGUUUGUUGACAGGCAAGAAAUGAACAUAUUUUUAAAGAAUGUAUUGAGGAUAUGGAAAAACGCUCAGGUGUUAUUUCAGGUUUGUUUAACCCUGGCUAUCCACAAUGGACGUGCAAAGUUUACACGGAUAUGUAUUAUAAAAAUGAUUUUAAGAUAGGAUCUGGUUUUAAUCAAAUAGUUGCCUUUUGGAGUCAGGAGGUGUUAAAAAUGGACAUAUUUGUUCAACCACGGAUCCUAGCUGUGACUUACAGAAAAGGAUACAAAAACAUUAAUGGCUAAAUAUUGGAAACUGCUGCUCAGGUGAGCGAUGUGGCCCAUGGGCUUCUUGUGUAAUUCGAUAGUACAGGGAGCUAAAUUGUGAUUUUUAAAAAAAAAUUUGAAAUUGUAUUUCACAAGUGCUUUGAUUACAACAAACGUUUCCCCAAAGUGAUAUUGUGCCAAAUCUUGUUCAUAAGGUAGACUGAUUUGUGAACAUUUGUGCUUUAUCUGAUGAAAUCCAUCAGCAGACACACAAUGACUGCAGUAUUAAUGUGUAAAUAUAUUGUGUAAUGUGUAUAUACAUGUUUUCUUUAUUGAAUUGCAUAUAUAAAUGUGGAUGCCUCUACCACAUAUUACUACAAAAACAGUGCCAUUACAAGAUAAUAUACAGGAAGUAACCAGGCUAUGGUAAAAGAAUAAGUGCCAUUAUCUGCAACAGUUGAAUAAACCUUCAAUCAUAUACACACUAAUACUCAUUGUAUUUAAUCCAUCAGGUUUACGAUUCGUUGGACAUUUUAAUCCUGGAGCAGGUGCAAAUCCGUAUUAUUAUUAUAUAGUUUGUAGACAAUUCUCAAGCCAACAGGUUUAGUUUACAUGUUGCAACAGCUUUUAAGAUUUCAUUUCAUUGUCAAGUGAUCAAAUUAUUAUUUGUGUAUGCAAGAGAAGUCAACAGAUGUUAAGAUUGACUCGUCAUGUCUAGUAUUAUUAUCAUUUUUGUUAUUUGUCAUACACGUGUUACCCCCAUUAUGUACCAGAAAGUUGAUAAACUCAUGUACCAUUUGACUCUGUACACACAUAGAUCAUCUCAGUACACUUAUUGUGUUUAGUAGGGUGUUCUACUAUAUGAGAUUCCCACUGUAGACCCCUCCUCUCUGAUUACAAAUAUUUAACACAGGUUUAAAUGAACAAUUGUCUUUUAAGUGGACUGCUAUGCUUUUCCCCCAGAAUAUUUGAUUUCCCAUUUGUUUUCUGUAGAAUGAAGCUCGGUCUGGGAUAUACAUGUAUUAAGACAUUUAAAAGUUUUACAUCUCAUGACAAUAACAGUACAAGUAUCUGUAUUGGAUGGAUGAAAAGUCAACAAAAAACCAAUGUAUCUAAGUAUUGCAUGUACACUGUACUUCAGUUAAUUUACUUAUAAUUUUUGCCUAAUUUUAACUAUGUGUGUAAAUGAACAAAAAUAUUGUAACCCAAAGAAUUUUGACUUGCUUUCAUUUCCUGGUACACAAGAUUUUUUUAUUAGAACAUUACCUUGUUUUUGCAAUUCUUUAUACAUAGACCAAUAUCUUCACAAAUCACAAUAUUUGUAGCCUUAUUAACAAAUGUUGCACAUGACAUUUUAGUUGCUCAAAGUUUGUAUGCAUUUUAUUCACAAAACAUGUAAUAACAGUUCAGUUAUUUAUAUCAAAGACAAGUAUUAUUUGUAGUGAUUUGAAAUGCACAUUGAAAUCGUGAAGUGGAAUAAAUUUGACAUUUGCCAAU